CUGGCCACGUUCUGACAGGCGUGUUGAGGCACAGCUGCUACGGCCGAGCAGGAAGCUGACGUGCAGGCAGCUGGUGGUGCUGACUGGGCUGUUGCUGGGCUCGUGCUGGGGGCCAGGGAGACCCUGGGCUGGAGACCCCAGUGCUGUGGCGUGCGACAGGCGAUAGGCCCAGUGUUCACGCCUGCAAGGGACACUGGGGGAGCACAGCCACCUGCAAGCAGCCUCCGGCCUCCUGCUGACCCUGGCCGCCCUGCCACUAACGGCCACCGCACCCCUUCCUCCAGCAUGGCUCCCCCGCCGCCCGGGCCCCUCAUCCCUGCCCCUCUGCCUGAGGACCCAGGGCCUGCUCUGGAGAGCAGAUGGCUUUUCCUGAGUGCCAACGUUCUGCCUGUGGUGGAGCGCUGCAUGAGUGUCAUGCAGGAAGGGACACAGAUGGUGAAGCUCCGAGGCAGCUCCAAGGGCCUGGUCCGCUUCUACUACCUGGACGAGCAUCGUUCCUGCCUGCGCUGGAGGCCCUCGCGCAAGAACGAGAAGGCCAAGAUCUCCAUCGACUCCAUCCAGGAGGUGAGCGAGGGGCGGCAGUCGGAGAUCUUCCAGCGCUACCCUGAUGGUAGCUUCGACCCCAACUGCUGCUUCAGCAUCUACUAUGGCAGCCACCGCGAGUCGCUGGACCUGGUCUCGCCCAGCGGGGACGAGGCGCGGACCUGGGUCACUGGCCUGCGCUACCUGAUAGCCGGCAUCAGCGACGAGGACAGCCUGGCCCGUCGCCAGCGCACCAGGGACCAGUGGCUGAAGCAGACGUUCGAUGAGGCCGACAAGAAUGGGGACGGCAGCCUGAGCAUUGGUGAGGUCCUGCAGCUGCUGCACAAGCUGAACGUGAACCUGCCCCGGCAGCGCGUGAAGCAGAUGUUCAGGGAGGCAGACACGGACGACCGGCAGGGCAUGCUGGGCUUCGAGGAGUUCUGUGCCUUCUACAAGGUGAUGUCCACGCGCCGGGACCUCUACCUGCUCCUGCUCACCUAUAGCAACCACAAGGACCACCUGGACGCCGCCGACCUGCAGCGCUUCCUGGAGGUGGAGCAGAAGAUGCAGGGUGUGACGCUCGAGGGCUGUCGCGGCAUCAUUGAGCAGUUCGAGCCCUGCCCGGAAAACAAGAGCAAGGGCGUGCUGGGUAUUGACGGCUUCACCAACUACGCUCGGAGCCCUGCAGGCGACAUCUUCAACCCCGAGCACCACGGAGUGCACCAGGACAUGACGCAGCCCCUGAGCCACUACUUCAUCACCUCGUCCCACAACACCUACCUCGUGGGGGACCAACUCACGUCGCAGUCGCGGGCGGACAUGUACGCCCGGGUCCUGCAGGCCGGCUGCCGCUGUGUGGAGGUGGACUGCUGGGACGGGCCUGACGGGGAGCCCAUUGUCCACCACGGCUACACGCUGACCUCCAAGAUCCUCUUCAAAGAUGUCAUUGAAACCAUCAACAAAUAUGCCUUCCUCAAGAAUGAGUACCCGGUGAUCCUGUCCAUCGAGAACCACUGCUGCGUGGCCCAGCAGAAGAAGAUGGCCCAGUACCUGAGCGACAUUCUUGGGGACAAGCUGGACCUUUCGGCCUUGAGCAGCGAGGACGCCACCAUGCUCCCGUCUCCCCAGAUGCUCAGGGGCAAGGUGCUGGUCAAGGGGAAGAAGCUCCCGGCCAACAUCAGCGAGGACGCAGAGGAAGGCGAGGUGUCUGACGAGGACAGUGCCGACGAGAUUGACGAGGACUGCAAGCUGCUCAACGGGGAUGCCUCUACCAACAGGAAGCGUGUGGAGAACAUUGCCAAGAAGAAACUGGAUUCUCUAAUCAAGGAGUCAAAGAUCCGCGACUGUGAAGACCCCAACAACUUCACAGUUGCCACCAUGUCCCCGUCAGGGAAACUUGGGCACAGAGCAGACGCCAAGAAGAGCAAAGCCGAAGAGGAUGUGGAAUCUGGGGAGGAUGCCGGGGCCAGCAGUCGCAGCAGCCGCCUUCUCAUGAGCAGUUUCACCAAGCGCAAGAGAAAGGGCAACAAGCUAAAGAAGGUGGCCAGCAUGGAGGAAGGGGACGAGGACCCAGACUCACCAGGAAGCCAGAGCCGAGGGACGGCCCGGCAGAAGAAGACUGUGAAGCUGUCCCGGGCCCUCUCAGACCUGGUGAAAUACACCAAGUCCGUGGGCUCUCACGACGUGGAGACGGAGGUGGCCUCGAGCUGGCAGGUGUCAUCCUUCAGCGAGACCAAGGCCCACCAGAUCCUGCAGCAGAAGCCGGCGCAAUACCUGCGCUUCAACCAGCGCCAGCUCUCCCGCAUCUACCCGUCCUCCUACCGCGUGGACUCGAGCAACUACAACCCGCAGCCCUUCUGGAACGCUGGCUGCCAGAUGGUUGCCCUCAACUACCAAUCGGAGGGGCGGAUGCUGCAGCUGAAUCGGGCCAAGUUCAGCGCCAACGGCGACUGUGGCUAUGUGCUCAAGCCCCCGUGCAUGUGCCAGGGCUUCUUCAACCCCAACUCCGAGGACCCUCUGCCUGGACAGCUCAAGAAGCAGCUGGCCCUGAGGAUCAUCAGCGGGCAGCAGCUCCCUAAGCCCCGAGACUCCAUGCUGGGUGACCGCGGAGAGAUCAUCGACCCCUUUGUGGAGGUGGAGGUCAUCGGGCUCCCCGUGGACUGCAGCAAGGAGCAGACCCGUGUGGUGGAUGACAAUGGGUUCAACCCCAUGUGGGAGGAGACGCUGGUGUUCACGGUGCACAUGCCUGAGAUCGCGCUGGUGCGCUUCCUUGUCUGGGACCAUGACCCCAUUGGGCGAGACUUCAUUGGCCAGAGGACACUGGCUUUCAGCAGCAUGAUGCCAGGCUAUCGGCAUGUGUACCUGGAGGGGAUGGAAGAGGCCUCCAUCUUUGUGCACGUGGCCAUCAGUGACAUCAGUGGUAAGGCCAAGCAGGCUCUGGGCCUAAAAGGUCUCUUCCUCCGCGGCGCAAAGCCAGGCUCCCUGGACAGUCAUGUUGCUGGGCAACCCCUGCCCCGGGCCUCCGUUAGCCAGAGGCUUCUCCGGCGCACAGCCAGCGCCCCAACCAAGAGCCAGAAGCCGGGCCGCAAGGGUUUCCCAGAGCUGGUGCUGGGCACACGGGACAUGGGCUGUGAGGGGACAGCCAACGAUGUGGUACCCCCCGGCCCUGGCCCCACUCUGGAGACCCCAGCCCAUGAUGGCCUGGGCAGCAGCAACUCCCGAGGUAAGGCACCGGCAGCAGCGCCAGUGGCUGCUGAGCCCAGGAGCCCCGUGCAGCUGCAACCUCCUCGAGGCCGUGAAGGCUCUGGGCCUGCCGGGGUGGCGGCCACGUGCAUGAAGUGCGUGGUGAGCUCCUGCACCGGUGUGCACACAGAGGGCCUGUGGAGGGAGCAGCCGCCCAGCCCUGGGCCUGCAGGUGGGCUCAUGGCCAUCAGCCAACAGCCCCGGGCCUGGGGGGACACUCCGGGGAGCCCCUGUGGCCUGGGCCCUCGAGCCACCCCAGGGAGAAGCGCAGAGGCCUAUAAGGGCCCUGGGGCCCAGCGGCAGGGCCCAGGCAGCAGCGGCUCUGUGUCCUUGGACUCCAGCAGCCCAGGCAGCCCCCAAGUGGCCCCCUGCCCGCCUGAGGGUGCCCACAGGCAGCUGGGGGCCCUGCAGGGAGAGAUGAAUGCCUUGUUCGCUCAAAAGCUGGAGGAGAUGAGGAGUAGUUCCCCCAUGUUCUCCACGGAUGCCCGCCCCUUCUCUACUACGCAGCGAUCCAUCUCCCCACUGUGCAGCCUGGAGCCCAUCGCGGAAGAGCCGGCCCUGGGCCCUGGUGCCCCUGCCCUGGCGGCCACCCCCACCAGCCCUCCCAGGGGGCGGCCCCAGUCCUCCCCUCAGACAGUUCGGGUACCUCCUGGGCCCCUCCAGCUCAGGACUAGGGGCCAAGGGGACAAUGAAAAGGCUCCCAUAAAGCUGCUCAAUAGUGGGAGCCCUGGUGAGGCAUGUGAUGGGACCACUGGUAGCCAGCCAGCCGGCAGGAGCCAGCCUCGAGCCCUGGGCCUUCUGCCUGGGGUCAGAAGGGCCAAGAGUGAGGGCCAGGUGCCCUUGGAGUCCCCAGGCAUAUGGCAGCAGCUGGCAGGGCCAUCACCCACCCCUGCCAUCUACUCGGAUGCCACAGGCAGUGACCGGAUAUGGCAGAGGCUGGAGCCAGGUAGCCACCGAGACAGUGUGUCCUCGUCUUCCAGCAUGUCCUCCAGUGACACUGUCAUUGACCUCUCCUUGACGAGCCUGGGCCUGGGCCGCAGCCGCGAAAGCCUGGCUGGGAACCCCCUGGGCCGCCUGCCCCCUCGCCCCUGCUCGGCCUCCACUGUCCGCCCAGACCGGCCACCUGUGACCAAGAGCAAGUCGAAUCCCAACCUGCGGGCUGCAGGCCAGCCGCCUCCUGCGUCUGAUGCCCUGCGGCCCCGGCCAUUGGCCCCUCGGCUGCCUGGCCCACGCCCCCGGCCCUCCUGGGGAGGUCUUGCCCUGGUGGGCCUGCAGGACUGCCCAGUAGCUGCCAAGUCGAAAAGCCUGGGGGACCUGACAGCGGACGAUUUCACCCCCAGCUUUGAGGGGGGCUCCCACAGCCUGGGCCGGAGCCUGGGCCCUCCAGGCAGGGUGCGGCGGGACGCCUUGACGGAGCAGCUGCGCUGGCUCACUGGCUUCCAGCAGGCCGGGGACAUCACGUCACCCACCAGCCUGGGUCCAGCUGGGGAAGGGGGCCCGGGGGGCCCCAGCUUCCUGCGGCGCUCCUCCUCCCGAAGUCAGAGCCGUGUGCGUGCCAUUGCCAGCCGGGCCCGCCAGGCACAGGAGCGCCAGCAGCGGCUUCGGGGCCUGGACCCAAGGGCCCCCCCAGAGGAGGAGCGGGGUACUCCCGAAGGUGCCUGCUCUGUGGGCCGCGAGGUUUGCAUGGAUGCCACAGGCCUCCCCAAGGGUGCCCCGGAGCAGGUGCCUGGAGCUGCUGACAGCCUGCUCCUGCUGAGGCUCUGAGCCGUGAACCAUGCUGCCUGUCUCCCAGGACCCAGACCACGGCUGGGGAGCCAGCAUCCAGCCCAGGCCCAGGCUCUCCUGCUGCAGCCCUGCGGAAGCCCAGGGUGUGUACAGACAACUCAGCACCCAGGCACUGCCCUGUCCUCCCUGGUGUCUGGCCCUUGGUGUGCGUGGCAAACCUGUCCCCAGGAUGCCUGGCACUGCCCCACCCCCGCCCCACCCCCGUGUGCGCCUUCUGGUCACCCAUCCUGUCGGGGCAUCCUGAGGACUGUAAGCUGUCGGACACAGCUCCAAUAAACAUGUUCA